CCGCGAUUCGGUGCCAACGUUUCGGUCGACCCCCAGACGGGCGCCGCUGUGUUCUCGCAGACGACACCGAUUGUGGUGAUGGAGUUGGGGUCGACUGUCCAUCAGAUACCUGUUCCCAACCCUAACCCUAACCCUACGACCGCUAAUACCACUAACGGUUCCCAAACCAAUGGUUCGGCGAAUCAGUCAAACAGUGGUAACUCAUCGACAACUACUCCCCCGCAGUCCCAACCCCUCCCACACGCGCCCGGAGUCUUGAUUCCACACUUUGAUCCAUACCUUCGAUGCAACUCUCCGUUCACUAUACCGGAGAUCCGAACCCAAGUGAGUGUCGGCAUCAGCACCGGUAGGCCUACGCGACAGUCGACCACUAAUAACAAUAAUAACGACAAUCUUAAUGACAAUCAGUCGGCGAAUAACAACCCGUUUCCUAAUUUGGGACAAAUAGUGAACGGAAUAUUGAGUGGCUUUUUAGGCGGAGGUCUUGGCGCCGGUGGGCCCACCCCUCCCGACCCCAACCGCAACACCAACAGCACCGGCACUAACAUCGGACCCACUCUUGUCGGUGGGGCCGCCGUUAAUGUGGACCCGACUCUCAUUGACCUCAUGGGUCGCCUCAACAACGAGAGGCCGCAGAACAACGACUCCAACACUGGUUCCGAAGACUCGCAGAACAAUGGGAACAACGCGUCGAAUAUGACGGAUAUGUUCAUGUCUUUCGUGAACGGAAUCCUUCAGAUCAUAAGCGGCGGUCAAACUGAAGCCAUAAAUGUGUCCAACUUUUUGGCACAAUUGGAGGGCUUCUCGUACGUCGAGGGCGAGAGUAUAGCCAACGAUGUGUUUAUGGUUAUGGCGCGAGUGCUCACCUUUCAGGACCUGUUCCUCAUCUUCGCCGGCAAUCCGGAGCCACUGAAUCGCGUGAGAGAACCGAUCAGACAAUUCGUGUCGACACACAUUCUCGAGGGAAAGCCGGCCACCAAUGAGAACAUACAGACCGCCGUCACUCAGAUCAUCAACUCUUGGAGACCCGGUAUUGAAGUCAUGAUUUCGGGUAUAAGUCUUGUGCCGGAAAUCGAUUUGAUGUCAACUGUGGACCAGUUCUUGAGAUUCAAUUUGAACCGAAUCUUACAGUUCUUUCUCUUCCCACCGGAACUGGAGUUCGGAAACACUUUCUUCACUAUUGUUCGCGAAUUCCUCAUUGAUUUGAUUUCCUUAAGUCAAGUUUGCUUUACGGACGGAGUGUUAGCUCUGCAACGAAUAGUCGGCGCCUUUAUUGAGCACAUGUCGUCUGAACUGAACCCCGAGAUCCAGGAGUGGAUGAGUUCUGUGGCCGUCAGACAUCUCAACGAAUACAUCAAUAAUAAUAAUACAGAACAGAGUCCUAACACUCAGUCAUAUAUCGUGAGGGCUGGCAGUGAGCCAGUGGUCGGUGCCGUCGCGCCCACCGCUCCCGUCGCCGAUAGCACUGCCGGCGGCGCCGCCUCCGACGCCGACGCGGAAAACGUGGAGUUUUUGGACGCCAGGAGUGAGUUCGACGACACCGUACGGCACAUGAAUGGCGGCCAACAGAGGGACCCGUCUUAUAACGAUAUGCCGUCUGUGGUGAUCGGGUCGGAGGCCUGGCAUUCGUCGGUUCCCACCGAUUGGGUGCCGAUCAUAACCAACGAUAUUGAACGCCAGCGCCGACUCCCAGCGCAGCGCCCGGUGAGCGACGCCUACAUGAAUGGGAUGUCCAAAAGGCGGCGCAUAGAGAGGCGUCCAAUCAAUUUGCGCGACUCGUUGCGGACGGCGCUAUCGGCGACCGGCGCUCAGCCGAGAGUACCGGCAAAUGGCGAGGAGAUAGUGAACGAGAUGUCGAGUAAUGCGGUUCUGAACCACAGUUUCGACGCUUUGGUCCGCAAUGUUGUCGGCGAUCGCAUUGUGACCGACGAUGACUACAUCAACGCUCGCAUCCAAAAUCCCGACCGAUUUACUCACUCUAAGGACUACUUUAAGUGAUGUUUUGACGGCUGAGUCGGUGUAUUAUUAUAGGCUUUAAAUCACGUGUUUUUAUAGUUAAUUAUAUGAUUUGGUUUGGACUCGAAGUCCGAGUAUUUUUCUGUUUAUAAAUACCACUAAUUCUUACGUCUAAUGGACUGACGGUUUGAAUAUAUAGCUAAUAAAUAAAUUGAUUUUAAUUAUUAUUAUUAUUAUUAUUAUUAUUAUAGGAGAGCUUACUGUCGAUGAGUUUAGUCUAUGUUUUAUUUACAUUAUUAUUAUCAUAAUUAGCACUCAUUUCGCGAUUUUAUGAGAUUUUUGUAAAAUAAAGACAAUUGAAGAGCCGUUUCGAGAGCUGAAGUGAAUUACGAG